UGCGUAUUAGUCCACGUUGGAAAUAUUGAGAAACGGACAGGCAAGGCCCAUCGGUGUCGAGGUGUUGCGUGAAAACUUGAUUAACUUGUCAACAUGGUGUUAGAUAUUGAGCUCUUCCGUGCCGACAAGGGUGGGAACCCUGCUAAAAUCAAGGAGAACCAAGCCAAAAGAUUUAAAGAUGUUACGUUAGUGGACAAAGUUGUCGACCACGACACAGCAUGGAGGAAACUGAGGUUUCGAGCAGAUUUGCUGAACAAACUCAAGAACGUGUGCAGCAGAGUUAUUGGAGAAAAAAUGAAGAAAAAGGAAGCAGUUGGUGAUGAUGCCGCUGUUCCAUCAGAAGUUCUGGACAACCUGGAUGGUAUUACACAAGAUCAGCUAACAGGUUUGACAGUGAACCAGAUCAAGAAAGUACGAGUUGAGAUUGAUGAAGCCAUGAAGAAGAAUGAUGCUGAUCUGGCUACUGAGGAAACACUACGAAAUGAAUCUCUGAAGGAAAUUGGCAAUAUGAUUCAUGAAAGCUGCAUUAUCAGCAAUGAUGAGGCUGAGAACGGAAUUGAGCGUACAUUUGGAGAUAUAGAAGUGAGAAAGAAGUAUUCCCAUGUGGAUCUGGUGGUGAUGGUGGACGGUGUCGACAGUGACAGAGGGACAGUCACAGCUGGUGGGCGAGGCUACUAUCUCAAGGGCCCCCUGGUCUUCCUAGAGCAGGCCCUGAUCAACCAUGCCCUGCAGAUGCUGCAACUCCGGGGCUUCACUCCACUGUACACACCAUUCUUCAUGAGGAAGGAGGUGAUGCAGGAGGUUGCCCAGCUCUCCCAGUUUGAUGAUGAGCUGUACAAGGUAAUAAGCAAGGGCAGCGAGAAACAAGAUGAGAGUGCUAUUGAUGAGAAAUAUCUGAUUGCCACCUCAGAGCAACCUAUUGCUGCAUUCCAUCGAGACGAGUGGAUCCCCACUGAGAGUCUGCCCCUGAAGUACUGUGGCUACUCCACAUGCUUCCGCCAGGAGGUCGGCUCACAUGGCAGAGAUACAAGAGGCAUCUUCAGGGUGCAUCAGUUUGAAAAGGUAGAGCAGUUUGUUAUCACUUCACCUAAAGAAAACUAUUCUUGGGAGAUGUUUGAUGAAAUGAUAAAGAAUGCUGAAGAUUUCACACAAUCACUUGGCAUCCCCUACCGAGUGGUCAACAUUGUCUCAGGUGAAUUGAACAAUGCUGCAUCCAAAAAGCUGGAUCUAGAGGCAUGGUUCCCAGGAUCAGGUGCCUUUAGAGAGCUGGUGUCAUGUUCAAAUUGUUUAGACUACCAGUCGAGGAGACUCAAGAUCAGAUUUGGUCAGACCAAGAAGAUGAAUCAGGAGGUGGAUUAUGUUCACAUGUUGAAUGCUACCAUGUGUGCCACGACUAGAGUCAUCUGUGCCAUCUUAGAAAACUUCCAGACGGAAGACGGAGUUCUUGUGCCCAAAGUCCUUGGUCGGUUUAUGCCAGAGGUAUAUGCAGAGAAGAUACCAUUUUUGAAACCUGCACCAAUUGAAGAACAGGAGAAUAAGAAACAGAAAAAGAGCAAAGACAAGAAGAAGAACUUAGAGGAAGGUGUACAAAAUAUGGAUAUCAAGAAAUAAACCUGUGAUAAGCAUGUCACAUGCUCAAAACAAUGGGACCUGUACACAAAUUUGCAGGAUAUUCGCUGCAAUGUAUUUAUUUCACUCGAAGUGCUGACAUAUUUUUCAUCCCUUGAAAUGCUACAUCAUGAACAAUUGUUAGCAAUCACCAUUAUUUUGGUUUGUGCUGUCUCAAUAUUGAGGCCUUUAGCUUGUUUAGUAUUUGAAUCUUGGAAGAUGUCUGUCUAUAAAGCUUAUCUUUUAUUUUGUUUUACUUUUCACAAAUGUCUUUAAGAUAGUUAUUGGUGAAAAUACAUAUGAUUUUUGAACACAUUUAUUUAAAAUAAAAAUGGAUCCAGCACAUGUCUGGUCUUCUCCGUCAUAGCUGGAAUAUUGCUGAGUACGGUGUUAAACAAAAAACAAACCCUUAUGGAAAUAUUAACAGAGCGCCAGAUAAUAUUUUGAGCAAUUGAGGUUUUACUCAAAGCUUUCUAUUUAUUUGUGAAAAUACAUAUGAUUUUUGAACACAUUUAUGUAAAAUAAAAAUGGAUCCAGCACAUGUCUGGUCUUCUCCAGGAAUUCUACAUGAAUAUAUAAAUUUGUAUGGGGGGAAAAGGAUUGUUAUUUUACAAUAUUGUUAAGAAGAGCCAGUUGUUCCUUUUUCAAUGAAGUUUUAAUAUAUUUAGUCAUGAGAUCACAGAAAAGACUCCUGAAGUUAUGCCAAGUGAUGAAGUCAUUUUCUCCUUCUGACCAAAACCUUUUAAGAAUCUUUAACAUGAUGUAUUAGAAACAAUUAAUUUCAACUGCUCGAUGCGAACAUAAAUAAUGAACGUGUUGAACAGAAAAUAACGACAGGUACAGUCAUACACUUUCAAUGUAAGCCUGAGUUAAGUAAAAAUUUAGUAGUAGUCUGUACUAAUAUCUGCUAUGAAACCAGACUGAAACGUUAGUUGCAAUUAGUUACAACUGAUGAUUAUAUUAUCACUAUGAAUCACUCUUGUUGCAACACUUUCAUGUUGGCUUGUGCAAUUUCACAACUAUGAGUCUAUGACAUGGAACAGUGAAGAAACAUGAAUUGCAAUGGAAAAUGUCAAUUAAAACUGAAAACUGAA